AGUGUACGUGGGGACGGAGACGAUCUGCACAGUGGAUGGACUCCACUACAACAGCACCUACAUGUCCAGAGUUAAAGCCUUCAACGCCAGUGGAGUGGGACAGUACAGCAAGACGCUGGCCAUGCAGACCUCAGAGAUUGCCUGGUUCACCUUUGACCCCGCGUCAGCCCACCCUGAUAUCAUCCUCUCCAAUGACAACCUGACAGUGACGUGCAACAGCUACGAUGACAGGGUGGUCAUGGGUAAUUCCGGCUUCUCCCGUGGUGUGCACUACUGGGAGAUCACGGUGGAUCGCUAUGACAACCACCCGGACCCUGCUUUUGGGGUUGCCCGCGGCGACGUGCUGAAGGAUGUGAUGCUGGGGAAAGAUGAUAGGGCCUGGGCCAUGUACGUGGACAACAACCGAUCCUGGUUCAUGCACAACAACUCCCACACCAACAGGACGGACGGGGGCGUCAGCAAAGGGGCCACAGUGGGCGUGCUGUUAGACUUCACCAGAGGGAUCCUCAUCUUCCUCAUCAACGAUGAACAGCAGGGUCCUGUGGCCUUCGAAGGCAUCGAGGGACUCUACUACCCUGCUGUCAGCCUCAACCGCAACGUACAGGUGACCCUGCACACCGGCCUGGCCAUUCCUGACUUCUACACUCCAGGGGAAGCAGACCUGUCUGGUUCAGUGUGUUAAGGAGUUGACUCAGCACUGCAGUGAAGCAAGACAAGACAAUGGCUACGUCCCAAAUGGCACACAACAGUGAAGCUUAUUCCCUUUAUAGUGCACAGGGCUCUGGUCAAAAGUAGUGCACUAUAUAGGGAAUAGGGUGCCAUUUUGGACUCGGGGGAAGGGCACCAGGCUGCUCACCUUCUGGGCUCUCUAAGGCUGUAUCCCAAAUGGCACCCUAUUCCCUAUAUGGUGCACUACUCUUAGCCAGACUCAUGCCAAAAGUAGUCUGCUAUAUAAGGAAUAGGGUUCUAUUUUUGGGCUCAUUCAACUCACAGCCAUGUACACAACACCACAUCCUUGUUCCCUUGCUACUAUAGACCUACCAGGCCCAUUGUCAUACGUCAGAUAGCACAACCUUCACCUGUCGAUCGCAGGACUAGUGUUGGGUUGGAGUGACGUCAGUGCCUGACGCAAGACGAAUGCUCCUGACCCCUGACCUCUUCAGACCACUGGACGGUCCGGACCCAUAGCCUUGACUGUACAGUACAAUAUACUCUCAAUACUCAGCCAUACAUGUACAGUACAUACCUAUUGCACAGCAACCAUGGACACCUUCAACUCUCACCUGGAAAUUGAACUCUUAUUUGGCUUACUGCCCUGUCUUAACAUGUAAAUUAUUAUGAUUGGUUGAAAAAUGAACCAGAUUCAUCCAUCCAACCAAUCCAAGAAGACUACUUACUACUCAUCACUAGACCCCUCUAGACUCUAGAACCCUGCCCUGUUAGUUCUGAUUCUAGAUCUCUGAAGAAGACAACAUAUGUCAUCAUAGAACCUUUUACUUCACACUCUCGCUCUCUCUCUCUCUCUCUCUCUCUCUCUCUCUCUCUCUCUCUCUCUCU